GUAUACAGGGAUCGACCUUCAUGUCACCACGUCGGGAUUCACGACAUCGCGCUCUUAGUUUACUCAUACAGCCUAGCGCGACGACCGUGUCAACUGUCAGGAAUAUCACGCCCAAUGGUGCUGGCGGAAAGAGAAGCCAAGACUGAAGGCAGCUGAACCAUGAACCCUUGGCCAAGAACCUGAAUAUGAAACUGGAAUCUGCCCAUUGAGAGAUGAAGCAGUCGCUAGGCGUUCCGCCCGCGCACAUCGCUCUUGGGCAAAGAGCGAAAUCGCCUCUUUCUACGCCAGACCCUGACAUCAGAAACUAGGUUUUCGAAAACUCUCAAGUUGAUUCUUCUUCGGGAAUACUAUCACCGAGACUUCGUUGCAACAAAAUAUGGAACAUCUCUGAUUUAAUGCCUUAUCCAAGUAUCUAGCGUCUGGUAUGCCCGGAUUGAAUAUUCUUUGACAGAUGUGGCGAGUGGGUUUGUUUCUCUCGGAACCCGUUAGAAGACAUCACGCAGGACAAACAACCACACAUAGGUUGUAUCCAGAAUGAUGGCCCAAUUCCGCGACCAGUUGACAGAGAACCACGUUAUGCGGAACGGACAGUCAUUUACCUCUGACCAUACGCUCGAGAACUGUCAUACGCUCUUUAUGAACAUCAUUGGCAAGCUCCGCAUUAACAUUGCUUUCGAUGCACGAAGGACUGCAGAACGUUUUCGUACCAAUGUACUCGGUGAAUUGUUGAUCGCAGAUACGAGCCCUGAAGCCAAGACACUCAAGUUAGAUGAGUUCACUCAGUCCGGUGCAUUCAGAAACAGGAUUCGUGCUGUGACGGCCGUUUAUCAGGACUUUCAUGGGUUGUCCAGUGCCUUGGCAGCUUCUUCCAAUAUUUUGCAGAGCGAGGAAUUCGAUCCCGCCGCUAUCGAUAACGACUUCCUUGCCCUUCUCGGAGGCAUGAGUGUUUUUAAUGAUUUCUAUACUGAAAUAGAAAGACUCGCUUCCAAGCUCAAGGCAGAAGUGACAACAGCCACGAUGUUCCAGCAGAGUGUCAGACAGGCUAGUGAUUGGUUGGCUGAGGCCUCAAACGCGUUAGAGACCUUCGAGACUGCAGCGUGAGGCCUGCAUGGCUUCAUAUCCUUGGUUGAUAUUAUAGCCUACUUUAUUGAGCCACCUUGGAUUGUGCAUAAGCCUCGUUCGCCUCAGUUGUAGAUAAGGACAUAUCUAUUUCAUUUACAAGACGCCCUACAACACCUAAGCAGUCUGACCGAGAUUUCGGAGACAAGAGAUCGGGAAGCAGGACGAAAAAGGUCUAACUGGCAUGUCGGUGAGGCCUCCGGCACGCCUUUGUCGCAUGUAAAGCAGUGAUCGACCUCAUUAGUCCCGGGCUCGAGGCAUCAACGUCACCGACAUAAAGUGAAGUCUUUGAU